AUGAAUGCGCUAGAUUGGAGAAUAGUUUGUGUCACGUAUAACGUGAACUGCAAGAAACCUGAAAAUGAUCAAAUCCAUCAACUUUUACAACACGAUGAUGCGAAAGAUGCUGUUAUUGUUGCGAUUGGAUUACAGGAACUUUCUCAUUUGGAGUUAUUUGGCACAAUACCGGCCGAAACGACAUGGUUAUCAUUUCUGACAUCGUGGAUGAGUGCUCAUGGAAAAUCACUUCUUUGUAAAGCAUCACUUGCUUGGAAUCUGUUACUCAUUUUCGCUCAGUUGGAAGUAUUUCCUUUAGUUAAUGAAAUCAACUCACGGCAGUCACGAUGUAGUUUAGGAGGUCUUACUGGUCAUAAAGGAAGCAUAUCGCUAAGGAUAAAGUUUAGGGGUGAAAAUUCAUUGGUUUUUAUUACGUCGCAUCUUUUACCAAAUGCAAGUAAUUAUGAAAAAAGGUGUUUGCAAUAUAAAAGUGGGAAAAUUUGUGCCUUUGACGAUAUAGCAAGGAGCACUGAUGAGAAUAAUAAUGUAAUAUGGCUAGGCGAUUUUAAUUGGAGAGUAGAUCAACUCACAUCUCAAGAAAUGAUUGUGAAGCUGGCUGAAUUAAAUUCUAACGAUUAUAUGGACAAACUGGUCAAUAAAUUUGAUCAGUUAAAAAGAGCUCAGAGAAACGGAGAGGCUUUCAUGGAUUACAAUGAGGAGAAAAUUCGCUUUGCUCCCACUUACCGCCUGAUGGUUGGCUCCUCUUGUUACGACCAAGAUCGUGUACCAUCAUGGUGCGAUCGCAUUCUUUUCAAAGGAAAAUCUCUACGUUGUGAGCGGUACGAAUCAAAUCGCAUGAUCACUUUAUCCGAUCAUUUUCCAGUUUAUGCGCAUUUUAUUCUAUCUGAACCAGUAUCACGACAGCCUUCUCAAUGGAAAGUUUGUUUCGAAAAAGUACCUCACUGGCACAAUAUCGUGCCAUUCACAUGUCGAUUUACAUAUUUGGAUGAUUUCUGGAGGAGUAACGGAUCAUAUCGUGACUGGGUCGCGGUUUAUUCAGCAGAUAUUCCUAAUUCUUUGCAGCCAUUGACCUGGUUAUAUGUGGUUUCUUGUUACAAUACGGUUAUAGCAAACAGAUCAGUUACCAUUGCCGAGUUUCCAUGUUUAAGUGCUGGACAUUAUCGUGUUGGCUAUUUUAGUGCAUACAAAAAUUGUCUGCAGGGUUUGUCUGAUAUUUUCGAAGUGAAAUUCAUUUAG